GGCUAUGACCCGCAAAGCCCUCCUACCUACCCCACCUGCACCCCCUCUCUAGGGUUUCCCUCUUUUAAUCCCCAGCCGCCGCCACGCGCCUCCCUUACCCUCUCCCCACCCUCCACCGCCGCCGACGCAGACGGGUCGCCGUCGCCUCCUCCUCCAUGGCGUCAGAGAAGAAGCAGUCCAACCCGAUGAGGGAGAUCAAGGUGCAGAAGCUGGUCCUAAACAUCUCCGUCGGAGAGAGCGGGGAUCGCCUCACCCGUGCCGCCAAGGUCCUGGAGCAACUGAGUGGACAGUCACCAGUGUUCUCUAAGGCUAGAUACACUGUCCGCUCGUUUGGUAUCAGGCGUAACGAGAAGAUUGCCUGCUAUGUAACUGUAAGGGGUGACAAGGCAAUGCAGCUUUUGGAGAGUGGAUUGAAGGUCAAGGAAUAUGAACUGCUAAGGAGGAACUUCAGUGAGACAGGGUGCUUUGGUUUUGGAAUCCAGGAGCACAUUGAUCUUGGCAUCAAGUAUGAUCCUUCAACCGGUAUUUAUGGAAUGGAUUUCUAUGUUGUCCUUGAGCGUGCUGGGUACCGCGUUGCACGCCGUCGCAGAUGCAAGUCCCGUGUUGGAAUCCAGCACAGGGUGACCAAGGAGGACGCCAUGAAGUGGUUCCAGGUGAAGUACGAAGGUGUCAUCCUCAACAAGGCCCAGGCUAACUCUUAGAACCUGAUGCGUAGUCUAAGCCGUUAGACAUGUUAUGGCUACAAAGGAGUUUCACCGCUGCCCAAGUUUUUAGUCCACUUUGUGCAAGCUCGGAUCUUGUUAUUUUAAGUCUUGUUACAUGAGCCAGUUUUGGACUGAGGAGCUUAUGAUGUGUCUGAUUACUUGAAAGCUGAAAUCAUGGAUGCACUUCUGUUA